AUGGCUACCGAGAAUAAUGCAGGAGCUCCAGCUUCUACCCAACACAGCAACACCGGUGCUCCCCCAUGCACAAUCGCAACCAACACCGCCCCUACCAGACGUCGCAAAUUCAUUCAUCUCCGCCAUCACUAUUUACGCUCCCACCAUCGCAAUCGCAGCAUCCAAAUCACCCACAUUCCAACGCAAGACAUGCUUGUUGAUAUAUUUUCGAAACCGCUUGAUCGCCAACGAUUCGAACAGCAACGAAACGCCCUUUGUAUUUCCAACCCGCCGACAAUCCCCAAACAACGCGCCAUCGCAGUUACCAGUCGACAGGGAGGCUGUCAGUGCUAA